UUAUUUGGAUUUUGACUUUUGAGGUUAUUUAAAUUAAUUUUUAACCCAAAUCGCAUGGAAAAGUAUCGCAAUUGCAAUAUUCAUAGGAGUUUAGCAAACACGUGUAAUGAUUUUAUAUUUUAACAAUAAUAAAAAUGGUGCGACAUAAUAAUCAAUUACCCAACAAUCUAACCCAGCUCCAGAAUUUAAUAAAAAGGGAUCGUGACUCUUAUAAAGAUGAGUUUCGCCAACAACUUGCGCAUUUUGAAACGACGCUGGAAAUAUUUAAUUUAAACCCCACUGAGUAUAACAAAAAGCUGGAUGAGCAAGCAAUGUUUUUGGCACAAGUUACACAAUGCUACCAGAACGAUAUGAAACAUUUCCCUCAAAAGAUAGUGGAUAUUCUAAAAACGCAUAAUACUACAAUGCAGAGUGAAAUGAGACUGGCUCUGUGCAAGUGUUUGAUAUUGCUUAGAAAUAAAAAUUUUAUCACAUCUUUUGACUUGCUUGAGUUAUUUUUCUCUUUGAUAAAAUGUCAAGACAAACAUCUCAGGGAGUAUCUCAAGACACACAUUAUAAGUGACAUUAAGUGCAUGAAUAUGAAACACAAGGAUAUGAAACUGAAUUCCACUCUUCAGAACUUUAUUUAUUCAAUGUUACGUGACUCAGACACAAAAACUGCAAAACUGGCUGUGGAUAUUUUGAUUGAACUUUAUCACAAGAAUAUAUGGAACGAUCAUAAAACUGUUAACAUUAUUGCUGAUGUAGGAUGUUUCUCCAAAGUGACCAAAGUUAUGGUUGCUUCUUUGAAAUUUUUCUUGAGCAGAGAAGAAGAAGAAAAGCCUGAUUCUGAUAGUGAUGAUGAAGUUGAUCCUAAAGAUACUAUGAUUGCAAAUAAGUUUAAUAAGAAAACUAGAAAAAGGGAUAAAAUGGUUGAAAAAGUCAAGAAAAUUGCCAAGAAAAUGAAAAAGAAAAAGCAGAAAGCACCUAUAUUUAAUUUCUCUGCACUACAUCUAAUCAAUAACCCACAAGGGUUUGCUGAAAAGUUAUUUAAACAAAUGGAAUCUUCUAAUGAGAGAUUUGAAGUUAAGUUGAUGACUUUAGAUGUGGUGUCAAGAUUAAUUGGUCUACAUAAUCUGUUUCUAUUUAACUUCUAUCCUUUUAUAGCCCGCUUGAUAAUGCCACAUCAAAGGGAAGUAACUCGUAUAUUACAAUUUGCAGCUCAAGCAGCACACGAGUUAGUCCCCCCUGAAGUUAUUGAACCAGUAAUGAAAGCUAUUGCUAAUAAUUUUAUCACAGAAAGAAAUUCUACAGAUGUUAUGGCAGUAGGUUUAAAUGCAAUCAGAGAAAUCUGUGCACGAUGCCCCUUGGCUAUUGAUGAAGACUUGUUAAGAGAUUUAGUUCAAUACAAAUCAUAUAAGGAAAAAUCUGUAAUGAUGGCUGCAAAGUCUCUUAUUCAGUUGUAUAGACAAUCAAUGCCUAGUCUUUUACACAAAAAGGAUCGUGGACGGCCGUCAGAAGCAUCAAUAGAACUUAAAACAAAGAAAUAUGGUGAAGUAGACACCAAAGAUUAUGUACCAGGCUCUGAAGUGCUUUUAGAAAAAGAAGAAAUGAAGGAUAAAAGCUCUAAAAAAAUUAAUAAGAAAAGUAAAAAUAAGGCUGAUGAUUCUGAUGAUGAAUGGAUUGAUGUAGGGUCAUCUGAUUCAGAAAUUAAUAUUUCAACUGAUAGUGAAAAUGAAGAUGAUGAGGAAGAUGACGAUGCUUGUGAAGAGGAUCGACCGGAUGGAGGUGCUAGUGAUGGGGAUAAAGAAGAGGCAAAAAAUGAACAAGACUUUGAUGCAGCUGAUGGUUCCAAAGAAGCUAGCUCUAACGCAAAGGACAGUGAUAAACUUAGAAAAUCACUUAAACCCAAGAAAUCUCAAAAUGUGGAAGAAAAAAUUAAAGUAGCUCGAGAGAUAGCCAUGGAUAAAAUAUUUACAGAUGAAGACUUCAAACGCAUUGAAGCAGCCCAAAUAAAAAAGUCUGUGACAGGUGUCAAGCGCAACAGAAGUGUAGUAGAGGAAGAAGAUGAAUCUACCGAGUUGGUGCAGCUAUCUGCAAUUGAAAAUAUUCACAAGAAAAGAAAGCAUGACAAAAAUGCUAGGCUUGAAACAGUACUCAAAGGAAGAGAAGAGAGAGACAAAUAUGGUUACAAAGAUCGUAGAAAGAAUGCAAACUGUUCAAAAACUAAUAGAGAAAAAAGGAAGACCAAGUCUUAUCAAAUGGUGAAGCACAAAGCAAGAGGCAAAAUUAAGAGGUCUUUUAAAGACAAACAAAUUGCAUUCAGAAAUUAUCUUGUGAAACAAAAGAAAAUGCGUUGAAUAGUAUAGAUUGUUAUUAUAACUUUAUUACAUUAAACUAAUCAUUAAAAGGGGAA